AUGUCUCAAAGUACUCCUUCAAAGCAAUCGUCUCCCUCCUCUGAAAAAGCAUCGGAGUCUAGGGCACCAAAUGUGGUGACUGAUCAAGAUGUUGUGUUGAAUGUCGCACCAUUGAACACUGUUCCUCCUUCCGAUUCUACUCGCAGUCAACCAAGAAAGAUGCAUGCAAGAAAAUCAACCGGAGGAUCUGUUCCAGAAACUUUUUCUGUCCAGGGUAGAGAGGGAUCUUCCUAUGUUCAUAAUGCAAUUGCAAAUAUUGUCACCAGAAUCUUGAAUGAAGGGCACAAGGUUGAAGGAAUAUCUGUUCCUCUAGCCCAAAUGCCUGCUUCCGAUGAUGAUCAAGGUGAGCAAGAUGAUGCCAGCAAAGAUCAGGAUAAAAAUGAUGAGACAUCUGCUGAUAAAAAUGAUGAGACUCCUGUUGCUAAAGAUGUUGAGACAUCUGUUAAUAAUGACGAGACCCUUGUUGCCAAAGAUGUUGAGGAUGAUGAGGAUGCUGAUGCCCAGACUGGUAGCUCCAGUGAUGUGGAGAUGAGUGAGGAGGAUGAUGAAGAUACUGCUGGCUCUGAGGAUUAA